CCCCGGGGCUCUCCCGCCGCUUCCUGCGGGCACGGUGGGGCCGGGACGGCGGCGAGCGACCCCCAGCGGUGCCGGGUGAUGCCGGGAUGCCGGUACCCGCCUGCCCUGCCCUGAGCGCGGUGCCACAUCCCGGCUGUGCCAUGGAGGAUCCAACCGGGAGCGGGGCCGAGGAGCAGCACAACAGCAACAACAACGCAGCCCCGGGGGGGUGGCCGGGGGCUGGUGCCGGGUACCCCCUGGCACCGUUUGGUGGCCCUGGUGCUGAGCCCACUUACCUGGGCCGGGUGGUGCUGGAGAUCGUGGAGUCAGAGCGCACCUAUGCCCGAGACCUGCGCAGCAUCGUGGAGGGUUACCUGGGUAAGAUCAUCGAUGCCGAGGAGCCGGUGCUGCGGCCGGAGCAGGUCAGCGCGCUCUUUGGGAACAUCGAGGACAUCUAUGAGCUCAGCAGCACCCUACUGCAGAACCUGGAGAGCUGUGCCAGUGACCCUGUGGCCGUGGCCGUUUGCUUCGUCACCCGGAGCCAGGAGUUCUCCAUCUACACCCAGUACUGCAACAACUACCCCAGCUCGGUGGCAGCACUGGCAGAGUGCAUGCGGAGCAAGGCCCAGGCGCGGUUCCUGCGCGAGUGCCAGGAGCGGCUGUGCCAUGAGCUGCCCCUCGGAGCCUUCCUGCUCAAACCGGUGCAGAGGAUCCUCAAGUACCACCUGCUGCUGCAGGAGAUCGCCAAGCACUUCGAGCACAAAUCCGGUGACGGCUACGAGCUGGUGCUGGAGGCCAUCGACACCAUGACCUGCGUGGCCUGGUACAUCAACGACAUGAAGCGCAAGCACGAGCACGCCAUCCGGCAGCAGGAGAUCCAGUCGCUGCUGCUGGGCUGGAAGGGGCCGGAUCUGACCAGCUAUGGGGAGCUGGUGCUGGAGGGCACGUUCCGGGUGCACCGCGCGCGCCACGAACGUGCCGUGUUCCUGUUCGACAAGACCCUGCUCAUCACCAAGCGCCGCGGGGACCACUACGUGUACAAGAGCCACAUCCCGUGCUCCUCACUGAUGCUGAUCGAGAGCACCCGGGACUCGCUGUGCUUCAGCCUGGCUCACUACAAGCACAUCAAGCAGCAGCACAGCCUGCAGGCCAAGACUGUGGAGGAGAAGCGCGUGUGGACCCACCACAUCAAGCGGCUCAUCCUGGAGAACCACCAUGCCAUCAUCCCACAGAAGGCUAAAGAAGCCAUCCUGGAGAUGGAUCUGUUCUACCCCCCUCGCCUGCCCCGCUGCAGCCCCGAGCGCCUCAAGAAGAGCUGGUCCUGCCAGCCCCUGGAUGAGCCCAUGGCAGAGCCGCGCCAGGGCAGGCGCCAGUCGGAGCCCUGCCAGCACCAGGAGCACAGCGAGAUGCCACCAGAGCAGAUCCAGGGGCACAUGGGGCGCAGGCAGUCGGAGCCAGCCAAGCAGAUCCUGCAGCACCUGGGUGAGCAAGAGCUCAAGCACGCAGGCAGCGAUGGGGCUCUGCUGGCAAUGGGGGAGCCCCCCCAGCACCCCAGGGCCUGGGCAGCGGCUGAGGGCCUGGUGGAGGAGGAAGAGGAGCAGGAGGAAGAGGAGGAGUUGGGCAGGGAUGGUCACGAGGAGCUGCCUGGGGCCGAGGAGCUGCUGGGGGAGCCCCAGGAGGAGCAGGCUGUGGGGCACCUACCGGUACCGGAGCCCCCCAAGCGCCCGAGCAGCUGGGGCCCCGGGAGCUGUGACAAGGUCAGUGCAGCCCCACAGCCCCAGCCUGGGGGUCCCGAUGGACCCAGCAUCCACCCCGUGCCCCCCCCGCAGGCCGGGGAGCACCCCGAGGUGCCCAAAGCCCCAUCCUCGAUGGGGACCCCGGCACUGGGUGGUGCGGAGGAAUUGCAGGUGCUGAGCAGCGAGGAUGAGGAUGAGGAUGAGGAUGCAGCUGAGGGCAGCAUCCUGCCCCCGUCGGUGCUGGACCAGGCCAGCAUCAUUGCCGAGCGCUUUGGGGGCGGUGGGAGCCUGUCCCGACGGAGCAGCCUGGCUAUGGAGCUGCCAUUGGCACGGCCGGGCAGCCACAGCGGCAGCGCCCUGAGCCUGGACGGAUGCGGCCUCCCCAUUGACACCGGGGAGCCCAUAGGGGGGUCCCCCGUGGCCGUCCCCUCCCCCGAGCCCUUCCCCGGGGCCCGUCGGGGGUCGCUGCUCUCCAACCGGGACCGGAUGCUCCUGGAGAAGAUCCGGAGUUACUAUGGGAGCAUCGAGCACCGCGAUGGAGGCUUCAGUGUGCGGCGCAGGGAGAGCCUCUCCUUCAUCCCCAAGGGGCUGGUCAGGAGCUCCGUGUGCCGCUUCAACAGCCUCCCGUGGCCCCCCGACGGCACGGACACCCCCGGGCAACCGGCACCGAUGGGGCCCGGGGGGGGCCCGGGGGAGCUGGGGCAGGAGAAUGGGGUGCGGAGCCCCAGGAGCGGGGUGCAGACACCGGAGAACGGGGUCCAGAGCCCUGAAAACAGGAUCCAGACCCCUGAGAACAGGAUCCAGACCACUAGGAAUGAGACCCAAACCCCUGAGAAUGGGGUCCAGAGCCUCAGGAAUGAGACCCAACCGCCUGAGAACGGGAUGCAGACGCCGGAGAACAGGAUCCAGAGCCCCAGGAAUGGGGUCCAGAGCCCUGAAAAUGGGGUUCAGAGCCCCAGGAAUGGGAUGCAGACCCCUGAGAACAGGAUGCAAACGCCGGAGAACAGGAUCCAGACCCCAGAGAACAGGAUCCAGACCCCUGAGAAGAGCAUCCAGAGCCCCAGGAAUGAGACCCAACCCCCUGAGAACGGGAUGCAGACACCGGAGAACAGUAUCCAGAGCCCCAGGAACGGGAUCCAGACCCCCGAGAACCAGCCCCCGGAGCCUCUCCUCAUCCUGGAGGACGAUGACCUGCCCCCCGGCAGUGACCCGCACCCGGCUGUACCCCCCCCGCACACCCGAGUGUACCAGCUGGCCCGGCAGUACAGCCUCCGCAUCAAGAGCCGCCGCUCCGCUCCCCACCGCUGCCCCCCGGUCCCCCCUAGCCCCGCUCCUCGGCCGGCUCCGUUACCGGUGUCCCCAUCCGUGCUCGGGGACAGCUCCGGUUCCUCCGAGCCCUUCCCGUGGCCGGACGUGCGGGAGCUCCGCGCCCGCUUCGGGGCCCCGCGGCCGCCGCCGGUCACCCGGAGCCGCUCGGCACCGGAGGGGCCGGCCCGGGGGGGGCGGCCGGUGGCCAAGGAGCGCGGAGGCGGCCGCAGCCGCAGCGCUGAGGCCGGGGGGGGACCCGGUGCUCACGGCAGCCCCGGAGCGCUGUGGGUCACGGCGGAGGCUCCGCUCGGGGCCGGGCAGCGGGUGCUGGUGCUGGAGAAGGCUCCGGUUCCCCCCUCCGAGCCCCACAGCUUCGUGCAGAUCCGCUCGCCCACCACGAGGGAGAAGAUCUGCUUGAAGGCGGUGGUGGAGCGGUGCAAAGCGUACCAGGGGUCCGAGGAGUACCGGCGGCGCUGCACCGAGGGGCACGGAGCAGCACUGCCCUAUGGGGCAGCACUGGCACAUGGAGCAUCACAGCCCCAUGGAGCAUCACAGCCCCAUGGAGCAUCACAGCCGCCCGGAGCAUCACAGCCCCAUGGAGCAUCACUGCCUCCUGGAGCAUCACAGCAUCCUGGAGCAUCACAGCCCCAUGGAGCAUCACAGCCCCAUGGAGUAUCACAGCCUCCUGGAGCAUCACAGUCCCAUGGAGCAUCACAGCCCCAUGGAGCAUCACAGCCUCCUGGAGUAUCACUGCCCUCCGGAGCAUCACAGCCUCCUGGAGCAUCACAGCCUCAUGGAGCAUCACAGCCCCAUGGAGCAUCACUGCCCUAUGGAGCAUCACAGCCCCAUGGAGCAUCACAGCCCCCCAGGCACGGCCUCGUCAGGGACCUAAGGCAGAAGUUUCAGAGCCUCGACGCUGCCAGCUAGGGGAGGAGAAGGGGAGAUGGGGAGAAACCUGGAGCAGAGGGAAGGGGCGCCCAGCAGUGGAUGCUCAGGGGACCCCAUGGACCUGUAAUGUAUGUGGAAGAAGGGGAACCCCAUGGAGAUCCAGCUCAUCAAGGAGAAGGGACACCCUAUGGACCUCCAUCCUACCUGGAAAGGGGGCACCCGAUGGACCCCAACCUGCCCAGGAGAAGGGGGACCCCAUGGACCCUGAGCUCACCUAGGAGAAGCAGCAUCCUAUGGACCCCCAACCGGCGGAGAAGGGGACCCUGUGGACCUCCAACUCAUGUGGAAAAGGGGGCACCCCAUGGACCCCAACUCACUAAGGGAGAAGGGGCACCCCAUGGGCCCCCACAUUGCUCGGGAGAAGCAGGACCCUGGGGACCCCCAAGGAGCGGGGUCACCCCAUGUCCCCCCCAUGCCCCCCCCAGUGCUGUGCCCCAUUUGCUUUCACAUCUUUAUUAUCAAAAAUCCAACAAAAAAACCCAAAUCUGAA